UAAAAGCAAAUUGACUAUGUGACUCUCGAUCCGCCCAAGCUCCUAUCUUUUCUUUUUCUUUGAAGACAAAUAACGUUUUUUCUUUGAAGAAUUUUUAUCUGGAACUUCCCCAGAUCAGGAAAUGAGCCAUUGCUAAGAUCUGGAACUUGAAGGUUGGAGCUUCUCUGGGGCGACUUUUCAGUCAUGGGGAAGGAGAAUGGCUUAGAGCUCCAUGGCCGCCCUUUUACUCGUGCCUUUGCUUCUGCAUUACGUUCUUCUGGACAGAUUAAACCUUCAGAAGUUCCUGCAAGACAGAAUCAGCAAAGGGUUUUGAGGGCCAAUGCAAAAAGAGCAGCCUUGGAGGAGAAGAAAGCCAUCGUACCCAAGAAGCGAGCUGUUCUAAGGGAUGUCACGAACAUUAGCUGUGAAAGUUCUUACCAAAGUUGCAUUUACGCAGCUAAAGUGCAGGAGAAGAACAUCAACCAGAUCAAGAAGGGACGGGCGGGUAAAUCGAAGGUGGCACCUUCUGUUGCUUCAGAAGUCUCUGAUCUUCAAUCCAGGACAGAAGCAAUGGCUGCUGAGCAGAAGGCAACAGCAGAGUCCGAGCUGAGUGAAGUGUCAAAUGCAGCAAGAAACCCGUGUUUUUCUUCAGGCACGAGCUUACUCAUAAACGACGGAGCAGCUGAGCCGGAUUCCGGAUUGUCCAAAGUGGGGGAAAGUGAUGUUGCUGGAAGUUUGACAGAGCUGGAUAAUCCAAAAUUCUUGGACAUCGAUUCGAAUAACAAGGACCCUUUACUCUGCAGCCUUUAUGCUCCUGAAAUCUUCCACAAUCUGCGUGCUGCAGAGCUUAAACGUAGACCGUAUCCCGAUUUUAUGGAGAGAAUUCAGAAGGAUAUCACUCAAGCCAUGAGGGGAGUUCUGGUUGAUUGGCUUGUGGAGGUCUCUGAGGAAUACACACUGGUGCCUGACACUUUGUACCUAACGGUGUAUCUGAUAGACAGAUUCCUCCAUGGAAACUACAUCGAAAGACAGAGACUUCAGUUGCUCGGCAUCACUUGCAUGCUCAUCGCCUCGAAGUACGAAGAGAUAUGCGCACCCCGCAUUGAAGAGUUCUGCUUCAUCACGGACAACACUUACAAGAGGGAUCAGGUGCUGGAAAUGGAGAACGAAGUACUCAAGCAUUUCGGAUUCCAAAUAUACAUUCCCACUUCAAAAACAUUCCUCAGGAGAUUCCUCCGAGCAGCUCAAGCUUCUCACGUGAGCUCGAGUCUUGAAAUGGAGUUUCUGGCCAACUACCUCACAGAAUUGACGUUAAUAGAAUACGAUUUCUUGAAGUUUCUUCCUUCUCUUAUCGCAGCUUCCGCUGUUUUUCUUGCCAAGUGGACACUGGAUCAGUCAUGCCACCCUUGGAAUCCGACCCUUGAGCAUUACACGAUGUACAAAGCAACUGAUCUGAAAGCAUCGGUCUUGGCCUUGCAAGAAUUGCAGAUGAACACGAAAGCAUGCCCCUUGAACGCUAUACGCUUCAAGUAUAAGCAAGAGAAGUUCAAAUCCGUGGCGGCUCUGUCUUCUCCGAAACUGCUCGACUCGCUAUUCUAAAGGCUUAAACCGGGCGAGCGGUUCAUCUCUUAAUUGAUAACUCAUCUACCUUCUUUUUCUUUUUCCUUUUCCCACAAGUCUCUCCCCCCAUCAAAUCCGGUCGAUUUCGGUUUAGGUCAGUCUAAUUCGGUCUAAAUUGGUUUGGUUCUUCCAAACCGGAUUAAUAUAACCGGUAGCGCCUGAUUAAAUUAUUUGUAACCGUGGGAUGUAGGUGUACAUUAUAUUCCCUUCUCCAGGCAAUUAUGCCACGGAACGUUAAAGUUUCGAGAAUUUAGAAUAUUUGCUAUUUCGUUAUUUUCAUUAAAUAUGUGAAGUUUAUUGUGAUUCAA